AUGCCCCCAGAAGAUAUAUAUUCAGGCAGUCCCUACCGCUGCCACUCUUCCGCCUCCUCCUCCUCCUCGUCUUCCAGGUGCUCAGCCGGCUCCAGCAGCAACACCGACGAGCACAUGCCGCACAUCAACGCUAUCCGGCCGACCUACGACUAUGGCUGUGGAGCGGUAUCGGAUGAGGCGGAUGAUGACCAGGGAGUCACAGAGGUCUAUUGUAACUUGGUCAUUACUGAGCCUAUGCGGCCACCGCCAAGAGAAAAGACGGCGGAGAAGAAGAAGCAGGUUGAGAGUGUGAAAGAGGUUGAAGUGGCGAGGAGGUUCCCGGAAGAGGAAGAGGAAGAGAUAUUGAAAGAGUCCAACUCUCGAUUUGUUCUGUUCCCCAUACGGUACAAUGAAAUAUGGCACGCCUACAAAUCAGCGCAAGCUAGCUUCUGGACAGCUGAAGAGCUCGACCUGGGACAUGACCUCCACGACUGGCAUGGCAAGAUGACAGAGAAUGAGAGGUUCUUCAUCCUCCGGAUACUGGCCUUCUUUGCUGCCUCUGAUGGGAUCGUCUCAGAAAACAUCAUUUCCCAAUUUGCCAUGGACGUGCAGAUCGCCGAAGCGAGGGCAUUCUAUGCUUUUCAAGCGAUGAUUGAGCAGGUGCAUUCAGAGACGUAUAGUCUGCUUAUCGAGACGUAUGUGCGGGACGCGGAGGAGAAGGACUUUUUGUUCAGGGGCAUGGAGAACAUCCCAUGUAUAAAAAAAAAGGCGGACUGGGCUCUGAGAUAUAUUACAGAAGAGCUGCCAUUCCGGACGCGGCUUGUGGCCUUUGCCUGCGUCGAAGGCAUCUUCUUCUCUGGUUCCUUUGCUGCCAUCUUUUGGCUCAAGAAGCGGGGGCUGAUGCCAGGGUUGACGUUCUCGAACGAGUUGAUCAGUCGGGAUGAGGGGAUGCAUACAGACUUUGCGUGUCUGCUAUACAACCACCUCACCCACCGCUGCGGUCAGGACGAAGUGCACCGUAUCGUCCAAGAAGCAGUCGCCAUCGAGAAAGAGUUCCUCACCGACUCUCUCCCCUGCGCCCUCAUCGGUAUCAACUCAGGUUUGAUGUGCCAGUAUAUGGAGUUUGUCGCCGACAGGCUGGUGGUUGAUUUGGGGUAUCCCAAGAUAUAUAAUGCUACCAAUCCGUUCGAUUGGAUGGAGCUGAUAUCGUUGCAAGGCAAAGCCAACUUUUUCGAGUCUCGCGUAUCGGCAUACCAGAAAGCCAACGUCUCACGAUCUGCUACACCUUCAGGACAGAAGGGCAAGGGUGGAGAAUCAGUCUCGAGAAGAGUGUUCAACACCGAAGCCGACUUUUAG